AUGGAGGGACAGACCCCAGGAAGCAGAGGCCUUCCAGAAAAGCCUCACCCUGCCACAGCUGCUGCCACUCUGUCCUCGAUGGGCGCUGUCUUCAUCCUCAUGAAGUCAGCGCUGGGAGCUGGCCUGCUCAACUUCCCCUGGGCCUUCUCCAAAGCGGGCGGAGUGGUCCCUGCCUUCCUGGUGGAGCUGGUCUCCUUGGUAUUCUUGCUCAGCGGGCUGGUCAUCCUGGGCUAUGCUGCUGCUGUCAGUGGCCAGGCCACCUACCAGGGUGUGGUCAGGGGGCUGUGUGGCCCCGCCAUCGGGAAGCUGUGUGAGGCCUGCUUUCUCGUCAACCUGCUCAUGAUCUCCGUGGCCUUCCUCAGGGUGAUCGGGGACCAGCUGGAGAAGCUGUGUGACACCCUCCUGUCUGGCAACCCGUCCGCCCCGCAGCUGUGGUACGCAGACCAGCGCUUCACCCUGCCCCUGCUCUCCGCGCUGGUCAUCCUGCCCCUGUCUGCCCCGCGGGAGAUUGCCUUCCAGAAAUACACAAGCAUCCUAGGCACUCUGGCUGCCUGUUACCUGGCCCUGGUCAUCACCGUGCAGUACUACCUCUGGCCCCAGGGUCUCGUGCGUGAGUCCCGUCCUUCACUGAGCCCUACCUCCUGGACCUCUGUUUUCAGUGUCUUCCCCACCAUCUGCUUUGGGUUUCAGUGUCACGAAGCUGCCAUCUCCAUCUACUGCAGCAUGCGCAAACGGAGCCUCUCCCACUGGGCCCUGGUCUCUGUGCUGUCGUUGCUGGCCUGCUGCCUCAUCUAUUCCCUGACGGGGGUUUAUGGCUUCCUGACCUUUGGGACAGAAGUUUCUGCUGACGUCUUGAUGUCUUACCCAGGCAAUGACAUGGUCAUCAUUGUGGCCCGGGUCCUUUUUGCUGUCUCCAUCGUAACUGUCUACCCCAUCGUGCUCUUCCUGGGGAGGUCAGUGAUGCAGGACUUCUGGAGGAGGAGCUGCUUCGGGGGAUGGGGGCCCAGCGCCCUGGCCGACCCCUCAGGGCUGUGGAUCCGGGUGCCGCUGACCGUCCUGUGGGUCACCGUGACGCUCGCCAUGGCGCUGUUUAUGCCCGACCUGAGUGAGAUUGUCAGCAUCAUUGGAGGCAUCAGUUCCUUCUUCAUCUUCAUCUUCCCAGGUUUGUGCCUCGUCUGCGCAAUGGGGGUCGAGCCUAUAGGACCAAGAGUCAAGUGCUGCCUGGAGGUCUGGGGAGUGGUCUCUGUGGUGGUUGGCACCUUCAUCUUUGGGCAGAGCACGGUGGCAGCGGUCUGGGAGAUGUUCUGAUGGGCAGCCAGCGCCGGGCAGGAAGGGGCCUUCCGGGGACUGACCCUACGUGGUUCCGUGUGCAGCCAGGAAACCGAUGUCAUUUCUUUUCAUCAUAAAGAUGCUGGAGAGACUGAUGCCUUCCGCCUCCUUGGGCUGCUCGUUGGGCUCUGCUGGUUCGAAGGGUUUCUGGUACAAAGGUGAGGAAAGUUCUUAUGGCCGUGGGAUAAAUGACCAUAACUGCAUUCUGGUGGCUUAAAACAACAGACGCUUAUUGCAUCUCAUCUCUGGAGGCCAGGAGUCUGAAAUCACGUGUCAU